CAUUUCGCGCGAAAAGUCAGUCUUCCCGGGAAAAUAGUCCACAGGCGAGCUUCUGUUGAACACGGACGUAAAACAAUGGCGGAUUCAUCAGAAUCGUUUCACAUGGCCACCAGCCCCAGUCGUGGCUCCCGGCGGGGUGACCUGACCUCCAGCCCCGGCCGAGAUCUGCCCCCAUUUGAGGACGAGUCCGAAGGGCUGCUGGGAGAGAACAUUCCUCAAGAGGAGGAGGAGGAUGGAGACGGAGAGGAGCUUAUCGGAGAAGGGAUGGAGAGGGACUACCGUGUCAUCCCUGAACUGGACCGUUAUGAAGAGGAGGGUCUGGAUGAGGAUGAAGAUCUCAGUGAGCUCUCUCCUGGUGCUCGAGCGGCCGCCGAAGAAGCCAUGAGACGGCGAGACCGAGAACAAGGCCUGGGACGCAUUGGACGUGGACUCCUCUACGACAGUGAAGACGAGGAUGAUGAACGGCCCACGAAGAGGCGCCGGCGUCUAGCGGAGAUGGCAGCCGAAGGCGUCAUGGCGGAGGGCGAGGACGAAGAGAUGAUUGAAAGUAUCGAAAACCUUGAGGACAUGAAGGGUCACACGGUCAGAGAGUGGGUUUCCAUGGCGGCACCGCGACUGGAGAUCUACCAUCGCUUCAAGAACUUCCUGCGGACACAUGUGGACGAGCACGGACACAACGUCUUCAAAGAGCGCAUCAGCGACAUGUGCAAAGAAAAUAAGGAAAGCUUGUUGGUGAAUUAUGAAGAGUUGGCAUCCAGGGAGCAUGUGUUGGCAUAUUUCCUGCCAGAGGCGCCUGCGGAAAUGUUGAAGAUCUUCGACGAAGCGGCGAAAGAGGUCGUGCUGGCCAUGUACCCCAAAUACGACCGAAUCGCACAUGAAAUUCAUGUCCGCAUCGGUAAUUUGCCGCUGGUGGAGGAACUUCGGUCACUCAGACAGCUUCACCUGAAUCAGUUGAUCCGCACCAGUGGUGUUGUGACCAGCUGUACUGGAGUUUUACCGCAGCUCGGUAUGGUCAAAUACAACUGUAACAAGUGUAACUUCAUUCUGGGUCCGUUCUUCCAGUCGCAAAACCAGGAAGUGAAGCCCGGCUCCUGUCCGGAGUGUCAGUCCCUCGGCCCGUUUGACAUAAACAUGGAACAGACCGUUUAUCAGAACUACCAGCGUAUCACCAUACAGGAGAGUCCCGGGAAAGUCGCUGCUGGUCGUCUGCCUCGUUCCAAAGAUGCCAUUCUGCUGGCCGACUUAGUGGACACCUGCAAACCUGGAGAUGAGAUUGAGCUGACCGGAAUCUACCACAAUAAUUAUGACGGUUCUCUGAACAUGGCCAAUGGAUUCCCCGUCUUUGCCACUGUAAUCCUGGCCAAUCACAUUGCUCGUAAGGACGAGGGUGUGGCCGUGGCAGAGCUCACAGAUGAAGACGUCAAGGCCAUCGUAGCUCUGUCUAAAGACGAGCGCAUCGGAGAAAGAAUUUUCGCCAGUAUUGGUCCUUCUAUCUAUGGUCAUGAGGAUAUUAAACGCGGCCUGGCGCUCGCUCUAUUCGGUGGCGAGGCCAAGAAUCCAGGUGGAAAGCACAAGGUGCGUGGCGAUAUUAACGUCCUCCUGUGUGGAGAUCCAGGCACAGCUAAAUCCCAGUUCCUGAAGUACGUGGAGAAGGUGGCAAGCCGCGCGGUCUUCACUACGGGACAGGGCGCCUCUGCUGUGGGUCUGACCGCUUACGUGCAGCGUCACCCGGUGACCCGCGAGUGGACGCUGGAGGCGGGAGCACUGGUGCUGGCGGACAGAGGCGUCUGUCUCAUCGAUGAGUUUGAUAAGAUGAAUGAUCAGGACAGGACCAGCAUCCAUGAGGCCAUGGAGCAGCAGAGCAUCUCUAUUUCUAAAGCUGGUAUCGUCACAUCGCUGCAGGCGCGCUGCACUGUCAUCGCCGCCGCCAAUCCCAUCGGUGGGCGAUACGAUCCGUCUCUCACAUUCUCUGAAAAUGUGGACCUGACCGAGCCCAUCAUUUCUCGAUUUGAUGUUUUGUGCAUCGUAAGAGAUACAGUCGAUCCAGUGCAGGAUGAGAUGCUGGCUCGUUUUGUGGUGGGCAGCCACAUUAAACAUCACCCUAGCAACAAAGAAGGGGGCGUGGCCGGACUGGAAGAAGUGGUGCUGCCCAACACCUUCGAUGUCCCGCUCAUUCCUCAAGAGCUGCUCAGGAAGUACAUCAUGUACGCCAAAGAGCGCGUGCGGCCCAAACUCAAUCAGAUGGACCAAGAUAAAGUGGCUCGAAUUUACAGCGAGCUUCGAAAAGAGUCCAUGGCUACAGGCAGUAUCCCAAUUACUGUGCGCCACAUAGAGUCGAUGAUCCGCAUGGCGGAGGCUCACGCUCGCAUGCACCUGCGGGAUUACGUUCUGGAGGACGACGUGAACAUGGCCAUCCGGGUGAUGCUGGAGAGCUUCAUCGACACGCAGAAGUUCAGUGUGAUGAGGAGCAUGAGGAAGACGUUUGCACGGUAUCUGGCCUUCAGACGUGACAACAACGAGCUGUUGCUCUUUAUCCUGAAGCAGCUGGUUUCGGAACAGGUCGCGUAUCAGCGCAAUCGUUAUGGAGCUCACCAAGACAACAUCGAGAUCGCAGAAAAAGACCUGGUGGACAAGGCCCGACAAAUCAACAUCCACAGUCUGUCCGCGUUUUACGACAGCGAAGUGUUCCGCUCGAACAGAUUCUCCCACGAUGCCAAGAAAAAGCUCAUCGUUCAGCAGUACUAAGCAGCUCUGCUGGAUUUGUUCACAAUCCCAAGGAGUUGUCCAGAAUCUCCAGGACUUGUAUAUAAUCGAUGUGGUUGGAGCAGUUGGUUCGUAACAUGGAUUUAACGAUUUUUGACUAUUCAAGAAGUCAUUACUGUAGUCAUUACAGUUCUAGUGAACUGUUCUUUUUGGUUGCUUAAAGUCAUGUGAUAUGACGUUGUUCUUCAACCUUCCCUGUUGUCUUAUAUGCAGAAGUACUCUGCAUUAAAUGAAAUCAAUGUUGUAAGAAAAGAUAAAUUGCGAUUCUUCUGUUUUUGUACUGUUCUUGUUCUGAGCAAUAAAAUAAAGCUUCUAUGUA